AUGGCCCGUAAUAAGUCCGAUAAGAAAAAGAAAGGCAAUAAGGCUGUAGAUGAUGAAAAACCAACAGGACACUCACUAUUCAAGCAUCCAACAAAACGUAAACUGGAAGAAGACAUAACUUAUCAUCCUAAGAAACAUAAGUACUACUACGGUAGUCAACCAGUAAUAUCAGAUGAAAGGGCCGAAGCCAAGUUGCUAAAAAAGUUUGAGAAUGAAGUCUUGGCAAACGACCGUGCUAUCAAAACUUUAAGUGACUUGCAACUGGAGACCAAAGAAAAGAACUUGCACCUGAUUAAAAGAUACGUUCGUUUUUGUGCAAAUAAAGGGUUGUCUGACUUUUAUGUCACCAGGAGAUUAGCUAAAGAGUUUAUUGAACUGCGCAUUAUUCAAAAGGGCCAGCUCAGUGAAGAUGCAAUAAAGAGAAUACAGUCGGCUUUAAACAAGUUGUAUCACAUGAAUAAAAUUGUAUAUUCUUCACAUCAGCCAAAUGAACUACUAGAAGAUGAUCUAAUAACAGAGAUUAUGAGUGAGAGUCAAAUAGCAGAUAGAUCCCCCUCUGAUACACCCUCGUUGGAGCGUUCCAUUGGUAAGGUAUCAAAACAUAGGUUGACAGAACAAGAGGAACUACUAUUGAAAAAGUUUGAUCAAGAGAUUUUAAAUUCAGAGAAGACCAGAGCUGUACUAGAGAGUCUAAGCGGUAACACCUUCAAGUCAUACUCCACUGAUAUGAAGCGCUUCAUUAAAUUUUGUGCUCAACAAGGCAAAAGUGAUUUCUUAUUGGACGAAAACAUCUUAUCAAAAUUCCUGAGUUCUGAAUUCAAAAGAAAGAAGGAUAGAAGUUCGGCUACAUUUAGAAAUUUAAGAAGCAGCUUGUUAAAGUUGCAUCAAUUAACGUCAUUGGUGUAUGACGUAAAAUACUCUGAGGGGGAAAUAGUUUAUUUCAUUAAUAACGUUAAAGAAGUACCCCACGAGGAUACUGCAGAAGAUAAGUUACUUGCCAAAUUGCAAGAUAUGUACAAAACUACAAACUUGUUAUCAGGGUUAUCUGAAACUAGUAAAAAAUUGUAUUCCAAUGAAUAUAAUAGGUAUGCCACGUUUUGUGCUCGUGAGGGGCUUGAUCAUUUUCAUUUGACUGGGCCCCUAUUGAAGAAAUUUUUUGUUCAUGAUAUCAUUGAUAGAAGCCCACAUAUAUCUGGAAAGAAACUACAGGAAAUUCUAAGUAGGUUGAACCGUUUACAUGCAGUUAAUGUUGAGACUAUACCCAAUUAUCCUGCUGAGAUUAAAGAUCUCCAUAUCGUUAAACAAUUCUUAAAGGAGUAUAAAAAGAACGAAGCAAAAGCAGAACUUGCAGAUAUGUCAAGUUUGACAAUUCUGUCCCUGUCCUCGGACAGUGAAGAUACCAAUGUGUACGGUGGAAAAUCGGGGUACUCUGGUAGUGUCCCUGGGUUCGUCAUGAAUAGGAAUAUCUCCACUGUCACUCAAUUGGUUGAGGAAUGGCAAAUGGUAUUAAAGCGAACUGAAAAGUGGGGGUUGGAAUGGAUCAAGACAGAGGUUGAUCAUGAUUUGUAUAGCGAAAGAAAGGUAAUUGUUGAUUUCAUUGGCGAGCUUUUGCAAGAAAUGAGCGGCGGUAAAAAAACAGUCGACCAUGUUGCAAGAGUACUAGAUGCCUAUAUGGUUAGGAAAAAGAUUUCGUUGCAUAAUUUGAUUCAAAAGAUUGAAAAAUAUCCUGAGUAUUCAAAGAAGGAAUUCUUACGAAUUUUAAAGUAG